AGUUAAUCAUUUAUCAAUCAUUUUUUCUAUUUUAGAUUAUUGAAUAUAACUAGGAUAACUAUAAAGUCAGCACAAUGGAUACAAUGCAAUGUCAUAUCACAACAGGUGAUAUGACAGAAGCUGAAUUUGAAAUGCAGAGGCAAAAAUAUCGUGAGCUGCUUGAAAAACUCCAGGAAAAAGCUGAGAGCAGUGGAGCUCAGGGCGUAGACCCUGACGAACUUCGGACCCUCAUGCUGCAGGGCAAUCAGAUAUUUCUCCAAGUUCGCAGAUCUCGUGAGGCUGUUCUCGAUGCUCAGUUCAUGAAGCAAGUGUCUCAACAGGCAACUCUUAACAUGCGAUCAUCACACGCCUCCUUGCAUGAAUUUAAGCCUCAGGAAUUUGCUACAAAAUUGAAAUUGUACCUUGGCACUCAUCUCAACAGUCGAAUUGACCUGCCCUUCACAGCAGACAGUUGGAGAAAGCUUGGGCUAGAGUGCAGGAAGUCUCUUCGCAGCUGUAGCGGCGUGGAGCCUCAGUACAUGGGGGCUGUUGUUAGGGCCCCUAGAGCGCCCAGAGCACAGUCACAGAGGGUCAAGGAUAAAGAGGCAGUCAAGACUGACUUGAAGAAGGUAGCUUUUGUCCAAAGUGAGGAAAUGCAAACGGAAGAAGUUUCCAGAAUUUUUGGUAUUCUGAAGAGACGGUUCCGUGAAAAUGGAAAUCGUCCACUCUGCUUCUUCUCCUUCAUAAUCAACCCUCACAGCUUCGUGGCCACCAUCGAGAACGUCUUCCACUGCAGCUUCCUAUUACGUGAUGGACAUGCACUUAUCACUUCUGAUGCUGAUGGUCUCCAACUUAUAGCCCCGGACAAACCAAGUCCUGAGCAAGCAAAUUCUGGCUCGUCAGCUCACCAGACCGCAGUUAGCUUCAACCUCAACACGUUCGAAGAAUGCGUCCGGGUUUUUAAUAUUAAGGAACCAAUGAUUCCUCCACGUGCUGCUACCAAUGGCUCAGAACGCACUUAAAUGGUUCAAAAUUUAUGCCUAUAGUGGAAUUUAACUAUGGUUGCAUUCCAUCUACUUAUCGUAUUUUUUCAUCUUAUGCUAACUGUACUGCCAGACCAAAAACUCUUCUCUCUAACUAGCCGAAUUCCAGAAUUUCUCUUACAAACCGAAACAAAUGUGUGCUAACAUUGCUGUGGCUGCCCAAAAAUAAUACCUACAGCAUAUAUUUUCUGGCACAUUCAGUUGCAGUCUCGAAUGACAAUGUUCAAUUUAUAUUACUUUGUUUGAUAAUACUUAAACAUAUGUACUCCAUUCAUUUAUUAUUUUUUGUAGUAUUCUGAUGUUGUCAAUUUAUGUAGAUUUCAAGUAGCUAUCAAUAUCAAUUUCUCUUCUUCAUCUACAAUCUAGAUUGUUGCGAAUGCCAGUAUUGUCUUCAAGAGCAACAUUAUUUUUUUUUUUUCAGGCUGUUUCACGCCAUAGAAUUACCAAAAACUUGUAUUAGUCUAUAGUUACGAUGACUAUGCAUAUGUACU